CAACAUUUCAGUGUGUUGUUUCACAUUUGAAACGAUGGCAAAGAAAGAGAUGGAAGUGGUUAAAGGGUUGGAUCUUGAGAAGUACAUGGGAAGAUGGUAUGAGAUAGCUUCAAUUCCAUCGAGAAAUCAACCAAAGAACGGUGUGAACACAAGGGCUACUUAUGCGCUGAAAGAAGAUGGAACUGUGAAAGUGGUGAAUGAAACUUGGAGCGAUGGCAAGAGAAGUUCCAUAGAAGGUGUGGCUUUUAAGGCUGAGCCUUCAAGCCAGGAGGCCAAGUUCAAGGUCAAAUUCUAUUUGCCUCCCUUCCUUCCAAUCAUUCCAGUUGUUGGGAAUUACUGGGUUUUGUAUAUUGAUGGUGAUUAUCAGUAUGUCCUGGUUGGGGAGCCUUCAAGGAAGAAUCUUUGGAUAUUGUGCAGAAAUACUCAUCUUAACGAGGAGAUAUACAAUGAGCUGCUUGAAAAAGCCAAGGAAUUGGGUUAUGAUGUAAACAAACUGCACAAGACACCACAGAGCGAUCCUCCACCAGAAGGUGAAGGUCCCAAAGAUACAAAAGGCAUAUGGUGGAUAAAGUCCAUUCUUCUGGGAAAGUAAACAGAUCACAGAAGCUUAUGUUUAUAACAUCAGAACCCUAUCUUGCUACUCUUCUCAUCAGUUGUGUAAAAUGUUGGUUUGUGAGUACAUAUUAUGUGUGUAUCUCGGUAUGGUCGUGCUUUAAAUCGCACUCAUGGUUUACCAAUCAUAAGUACAACUUGUUAGUAAGAUCCGAACUCGUCUAAUAAAAAUGUGAUUGCAAGA